AUGGAUGAACCUGUAAUGCCUUAUUCGAAGUCUCGAUUGAUUGCUAAUCAUUUUAUUUUUACUAUUGCCGUAAUAUGUUUGGGGUCAAUGCAAUUUGGGUAUCAUCUUGCUGAAUUGAACGCUCCUCAACAAUUUUUGUCAUGUUCUGAGUUUAGUGAUAAAUUUGAUGAAAUUCCAUAUUCUGAUACCUGGUUAGGUAGACACAAUUUAGAACAGUGUAUUCCAUUGGAUAGCACUCAAUUGGGUACUGUGAUCUCGAUGUUCAGUGUGGGAGGAUUAGCAGGUUCUUAUUUUGCAAGAGUUAUUUCAAACAAAUACGGCAGAAAGAAAUCACUUAUUCUAGGUAAUUUAUUGAAUGUCGUUAGUUCCUGGAUACUUUUUGCCAGCAAUAAAUACGGUUCUUUAGUUCUAGGAAGAACCUUAAGUGGGUUUGCUAGUGGUGUUAUUAUGGUCAACGUUCCUCUAUUUAUUAACGAAAUCACUCCAUUGCGUUUGAAAGGGUUGAUGGGUUCGAUGAAUCAAGUAUCCGUCAAUUGUGGUAUCUUGGUGACACAAUUUGUUGCGUUGUUUUAUGCAAACUCAUAUGACUGGAGAUGGAUUCUCUUUGUAGGCAUUGUCCUAGGUUUGUUGAAUUUAGCUCUCGUUCUCAAGAUUAAUGAAUCUCCAAAAUGGUUGUGUCUUAAUGACGACGUUUUUGGAGCUGAACUUGUCUUGUUAAAGUUACGUCAAGAUAGAGAAGUGGUUGUUAGAGAAAUUGAAGAAAUCCAAAAUGAAUUGGAACCUAAUGACAGUGCAGAUUCAACAGCAGACCCUCUAGAUGGCCAUCACGAUCGUCGUUCUCCAACAUUAUGGGAAUACAUUUCGAAGAAAAAAUACUCUAAGCCACGUACUGUUAUUACAAUGCUACUAAUGGGACAACAAUUUGUAGGUAUCAACUCGAUCAUCUUCUAUGGUGUCAAAGUUGUUAACAAUAUAGCUCCAAACUGGGCUAUUUCCAUAAACUUUGGAAUUUCAUUAAUGAAUUUAGCUGUCACCAUAGCUUCUUCUGCUAUAGUUGAUAAAAAGGGGCGUAAACCUUUGCUAUUACUAUCGGUAUCGAUAAUGGCGAUAACCUCAUUUUUCAUAAGUGUGAGUAUCACUCAUAAACUCGUUUCUUUGUUGAUAAUCUCAUUAUUUGCGUAUAUUGCUGCAUUUGCCAUCGGAGCUGGACCUAUUCCAUUUUUAAUAAUCUCAGAAUUAUCCAAUGCAACAGACUCAGUGACUGCUCAAAGUUAUGGUACGAUCUCGAACUGGAUCGCAGUUUUCAUAAUCGCUUUCUGCUUCCCAUUCCUUCAUGAUCUAUUCGGAGGGUAUGUUUACACAUUGUUCUCACUAUUUGCGCUAUAUUUCACUUACUAUAUCUACAAGAGAGUCCCAGAAACGAAGGGCAAGUCCAAUUAUUCUCAAGUAUGGUCGAAUUACUAA